GAGUAUCCUGCUGUGGUGGUGGAAGAGGUGCCCAGUGCCCAGUUGGAGCAGUGCUACGCUGCCCAGGUGUUGGUCUACGAUGACGGGACCUAUCUGAUGCAGGACGUGGGAGACGAGCAGGAGGUGGUCACCGAGGUAGUGGAGACAGGACCAUCUCAAGAAGGACAUCUAGUGGUGUAUGAACUGAGCCCACUGGAAGAGUGACAGAAGUCAUGAGGUUUGAGGAAGGGGACAGCUUUUUAGGAUGUUGACCAAUGACCAUCCUCAAGAUAGGUCUUCUCUGUAGGCAGUAGUUACUAUGCACAACCGGAUGCAGGAGGGUUGUGAAUGAGUGAGAUAAAGAGCGGCGAAAUAGAAGACUUAGGGUGAUAGCUGGUACAGGCUACGUCUCUCCAACGCUACACGGUUUACUAUCAGUGUCCCAAAAGUACAGGUUCACUUAGCCUAACCUCUCAUUAUUUAAUGAAAGAAACAUCCAUCUUGCCCAGCUAACUGCUUCUAAGGGUGAACGUCUGUGGUAUCUACUGCUGUAGGGCCUCAGGCAUAGGAAGAUACGGUUGAAUACUCAUUGAAACAAAGUAAUUGAACGAACAUUACAUUGAAAUGAAAUGUAUUUUCGCCACUCCUUUAACCUACCACCCCCGUCCACCCCCGUCUCCUGUGUUGUUGUAGUAGAGGUGUCGUCACACGGGGGCAUGGUGUGCUUUGAUAAGACCUUUGAGGCGGCCGAGGCCCUUCUUCACAUGGACUCCACCAGCAGUUUCCAUGGAGACCGCAACAACACAGUGGAGGAUGUGAUGAUGGAGACGGUGGUGGAGGUGUCUACAGAGUGUGAGCCCAUAGAAGAGGACAGCUUCCCUAUACCCCCCGACUAUGAGCCUCCGUCUGCCAAGAAGAAGAAAGGGGGACGGAAGCCGAAGACACAACAGCCUCAGCCUGACACCAACGGCAACAUUGACCUGGGGAUCAGGCAGAGACCCAGAGAGGGAAAAGGGAGCACCACCUACCUAUGGGAGUUCCUGUUGGAUCUCCUCCAGGAUAAGAACACCUGUCCCAGGUACAUCAAGUGGAUGCAGCGGGACAAGGGCAUCUUCAAGCUGGUCGACUCCAAGGCCGUGUCCAAGCUGUGGGGCAAACACAAGAACAAACCUGACAUGAACUAUGAAACCAUGGGCAGGGCACUCAGGUAUUACUACCAGAGGGGGAUCCUAGCCAAGGUGGCGGGCCAGAGGCUCGCCUACCAGUUUAAAGACAUGCCCAAGAACAUCAGGGUGAUCGACGAUGACAGGGAGGAGGAGGGAGAGGAGGGGGAACCCUCUGAGCACCACCAGACACUGAUUAUUGACCCUGCCACCUCCACCCAGACACAGCAGAGCUACGUCACCGUCAUACCCACCUCGUCCGGCAACAGGACCAUGCGUUUGGCCAUGCCCAUGGUCAUGACGACGACACUGGGUCAGAUGACCCUCAACUCCUCCACCGUCUUCACCACCCAGGCUCCCAUCACCCUGGGCAACGCCCACGCUGGCGGGCCCAAGCUGGUGAUCCAGACCCUGCCCGCCAUGAUGCCCGCCGGGGCCAAGAGCGGAGAGAAGAUCACCAUCAUCACCAUCCCGGCGGCCCAGCUAGCUCAGCUAACGCAGGGCAACCUUUCAGCCCAGCUCUCAGGCCAGCUAGCUCAGCUCAUACAGGCUAAACCAGUCACCCAUCUGGUGCAGGCUAAACCAGUCACCCAUCUGGUGCAGGCUAAACCAGUCACCCAUCUGGUGCAGGCUAAACCAGUCACCCAUCUGGUGCAGGCUAAACCAGUCACCCAUCUGGUGCAGGCUAAACCAGUCACCCAGCUGGUGCAGGCUAAACCAGUCACCCAGCUGGUGCAGGCUAAACCAGUCACCCAGCUGGUGCAGGCUAAACCAGUCACCCAGCUGGUGCAGGCUAAACCAGCCCCUCCACUCAUACUGGCAAAGCCUGUGACUGUGACCCAGCAGCCACCUGCCGCCUCCCCUGUAGGUAAACCACAGCUCCCUCCCUCCACCACCAUCACAAUCCCUGUACCUACCCCCUCUACACACCCUGAAAAAGAAGCCAUCUCACCCCACACAGCCCUUCCAGAGUCCACCCCUCCAGUGAGCACGGAGCUCCCCCAGUCUAGCCCGGGAGACCCCUCUGACUCGGCAGUUGGCACAGAACCCAGUGGACCCUGAAUCUUGAACUCGAGGCCAAGGGGCCCGACAGCUACUGACUCCAUAUUGACCCUGUGUUUUGAAGUGGAGUCUUCCCUUCCCAUCCUCCAAUCACUGGGCAGUGGAGCUGUAGGACCAUACAGUGGAGGAGAGCUCUGAACCUCAGCUAUGGAGCUCCUAGUUACCAGGGAGCUAGUCUUCAAACUGGAGCUGCAGUGCCAUCCCUCCCUCCACAUCAGAAAACCAGGAAAAGAGAUGAGGAUAAAGGGACUUUGUAUACAUAGCUACACUCUUCUACGUAUUGAUUUAGACAGUGAAGCUAAAACUUUUAAUUUGGCUCUCUACUCCAGCAUUUUGGAUUUGAUGAAUUAUUUCAUGUGAGGUGACCGUACAGAAUGACACAGCCAAAAUAAACUGCAAAUGCAUCCAACAAGUUUGUAGAGUCACAAGCUGAUGUAGUCAUUGCAUGCCAGGAAUAUGGAACCAAAUACUAAACUUAUGUAUAUUAAAUACUUAUGAUACUUUCAAAUGGACUGUUUUCAUUUAACGGUAAAACAGAUAUGUAGGAAAAUACCCUCAAAACAGGUGACAUUCUGAACGGUCCCCUCACAUGAAACAUUUAAUCUCACAUUUUAAAUGCUGGCGUAUAGAGCCAAAUUAAAAGUUUUAGCUUCGCUGUUCAGAUAAAUAUGUAGGGGAGUGUACAUGCUUUAGAAGCUCUUUGGAUCUCAAACGAUGGGCAAGCCUUAGAUUGUACAUUGAACAUGCUUCUUUUAAUCAAAAACAUAAUAUAAAGGAAGCCUGAAAGAUUUGUGUAAACUUUUUGAUACUCUUCAGCAGGUUACGUACGAUGUAUUCUAAGUUCAAUGCAAGUGUAGUUCUUUUUGUCUCGUAGUUGAAAUCUUUGGGUUUUCCUCUUGACUGGUUGGUUCCCAUCAUCUGGCUAUGGAAAGUAGUCUAGUCCUCCACAGCACUGUCCCUCCACACUCAAUGUUUUUUUUUGUGUUAUUAUAUAUAUUUUUUACUGUUCAGAAAAGGGAGCGAAAGGAUGUUUGUGUUAAGAAAAGACAGAUCCAGAUGGUAUAUUCCCACAUUUUGAAGCAUAUGCUAUUUUCAUGUACUCUCAAAGUGUAUUGAUGUAGAUUUUACUGAAGUAUGUAUUAUAUAAAAACAUGAAUUGAAA